AGUUAAAUCUUCUGAUUGCUUAUUUUCUAUGUGAUGUUGGUGGAAGGGUGAUUCUGCUGAUAUUGUGGAAAAACUCUUCAUCUGAUUAAUUCCUUACUGUUUUCUUUUCAACAGGUCUGAUCACUGUAACCAUGCUGAAGGAAGUAUUUGUGCUUGGAUGCCUCCUGAGCCUCGCUCUGGCUCAGCCUAUGGAGGAAGCACACAAACGAGUUGCUCGCUCAAGCUCUGGCUCGAGCUCAAGCUCCGACUCUGACGAGGCUACAACUACAACUGCAACUACAACAGCAGCUACAACAGUGAAUCCCCAGCUGCUCCAGCUCCUUCUUCAGCUUCUACUUGCAACCAUCACCACUGCUGCACCAACAACCACCACUGCUGCACCUACAACCACCACUGUAGCUACAACUACUACUACAGCUCCUCCGUAG